CCUAAAAAACAAAAGGGCAAGUGCCAGUUCUACGAGGACUACAAAGGUUCGUAUCUGACGUACAGGAGCGUAAUAAACAAUACGCGGUUCAUGGGUUUCAACAAGCAAGGGAAACCGAUGAGACAUUCUGGUCGACAGGAGUGUUUCAAUUUCAUUAAGUACAAUCCCCAUGCCGAUAUAAAUCACCACAACAGCCUGGUGAACGCGGGCGUAGGUGGGAUGGAUCCGCGGGACGCGCCGUACACCGUUGUCUCGAGGAAACGGUCGCUCACGCCGAGGCCGAUGAAGAACUCCCUAUGGCAGGCCGAUAGUUCGAGGGAAAUCGUUCAUACGAUGCAUCGUUAUCGGCACUUGAACCGUUGGAAGAUGCGCCAGGGCGAGAAGAUCCCUGCCCCGCGAAGACGACACCAGAGCCGUCUCAUUAUCGAGGCCAACAAUUAUUGA